CGUACAUAAAAAUUACGUACAUACAUUCAAUUGUGUUGCCUACAUACAUGUACUAACCUAACCUUGGAAAGGCAUGCGGUGACAUCUUCCCCCCCCCCUGCCCACGUUGUGUCCAUUCUCGUCCAUCUGCCCCUCAACUUUCAACCGCUAAAAGGAAACCCGAGAUAAUAACCUGACCUACUUUAACGACCUUGUCGACCUGCCGACCUACCAUUUUAAUCCACCCCUCUAAUUUCGAAGGUUUAUCUGUAACGGAUGAUUUACUGAAGGUGAAGCGCCCUAAUCCGAGCUGGUAUUCGCCAUAUAAUCUUGCCAAGAGUCAUUCUCACUGUCGCCUGUCGCUUAAUAAAAUUUCUCGGGCGUCUCUUUGUCUCCCGCCGUCGAAAAUCAGAACCCGUGCCUUGCAUUACGACAAGGCUAUUUUAACUCUCUUUUCCCCCCUACCUUCACCACGACUUCCAACGCCACCUCCCCCGCAGACAACCCUGGUAGACAACCCACGGAUUUGGAUCUUCUGAGCGAGACUUGCACGGCUGGCAAUAUACUAUUUGAUCCGACGUACACCUCUCGACCUCGUCCAACUCAAAUCAAGAUGGACGCUAAGAGGCACCCGAGCUCCUUUCAGCAGCUCGAGAAGCUGGGAGAGGGUACCUACGCUACGGUCUUCAAGGGACGGAACCGCCAGACGGGCGAACUAGUCGCUCUCAAGGAAAUCCACCUCGAUUCCGAAGAAGGUACCCCGUCGACGGCGAUUCGAGAAAUUUCGCUCAUGAAGGAACUGAAACACGAAAAUAUCGUCGCGCUCUACGAUGUGAUUCAUACCGAGAAUAAGUUGAUGCUAGUAUUCGAAUAUCUGGAUGGAGACCUUAAGAAAUAUAUGGAUACCCACGGCGAUCGGGGCGCUCUGAAACCCAUGACUAUCAAGUCUUUCAUGUUUCAGCUGUUGAAGGGCAUCGAUUUUUGUCACAAGAACAGAGUUCUACACCGAGAUCUGAAGCCCCAAAACUUGCUCAUCAACAAGAAAGGCCAGCUCAAGCUUGGGGAUUUCGGGUUGGCACGAGCGUUUGGUAUUCCUGUGAACACGUUUUCAAACGAAGUCGUUACGCUAUGGUACCGCGCUCCAGACGUCUUGCUAGGUAGUCGAACGUACAACACCAGCAUCGAUAUAUGGUCGGCAGGUUGCAUUAUGGCCGAGAUGUACACCGGGCGACCCCUGUUCCCCGGCACAACGAACGAGGACCAAAUUGUACGUAUCUUCCGCAUAAUGGGCACCCCUACGGAAAGAACCUGGCCUGGUAUCACGCAGUUCCCCGAGUAUAAGCCCAACAUCCAAAUGUACGCUACGCAGGACCUCAGAGCUAUCCUGCCCCAAAUCGACCAGCUCGGAAUCGACCUCCUACAGCGAAUGUUAGUGCUGCGCCCGGAGCACCGCAUCAGCGCUCACGACGCAUUGCAGCACCCUUGGUUUUCCGACUUGGCCAUGCAGCACCAAAUGCAGCAACAGCAGGCGAUGCAAGCCCAAGCCCAAGCCCAAGCCCAAGCGCAGGCCCAGGCACAAGCUAGAGGCUUUGCCGCUCCCACCGUGCCCUCGCAAGGCGUUUACGACCAGGGAUAUUAGUAUUAUUAUGGCGGGCGCUAGGUUAUGGUUUAGACACGGCAGCUUGUGUCUAGGGCAGUCGUACCGCAGAUACGCUUUAGCACGGAUAUGAGUUAUCAGAUAGCGAAUUCAGGUUUAUACUUUAUUGUAUUGCGGUUAUAGAAUAACCACGACGAGGGCUUUGGAGGAGGAAGCGGGAAGCGGUUAGUAGCUAGUAGCGUGUGAACUUGGGUGUCCUGUUGUAGCACGGAAGGAUUACGGGUGGGCAGGCGUUUGGGCGGUGACAUCGUAACGCUCAUAGAUAAUGACCGCAUUCAUAUGGGUUGGUAGAGAGAUCCAUUAGUUACUAUUAAUAAGUGCCGAAAAAAGGAUAUACCCAAUGGCUCUGCCCUUCUAUCUACUGCUUUUUAGCUUGAGAUGAGUAUUGUCUUGAUGUGAAUUAGCUAGAUCGGACUUGAGCCAAAUUGCCACCCUACCCGGCCUACCUAGGUAGUAUAUUUGGGUUGUCACUGUCAGGUACCGAAAAGGGGUAUGUAUUGUACAGGGAGAUUAUGAAGACGGUGACUGUCACUAAAGCUAGGAUAAAACGGUG